AUGGCGGAUGGACAGCCUAUUCGUGCCGCCUCUCUCAAAGAGAAGAUUCCCAGCUACGACGCCCAGAUGACCAAAGAAGAAGACGUGGAGAAUGCUGCCGGGCAGCUGGAGGAAGUCCAUGAGUUUCGACAAGGGCUCCAUCAACGCCAUAUCCAGAUGAUUGCCCUAGCUGGCACCGUCGGAACAGGGCUGUUCCUCAGUUCAGGUCGAGCCAUUGCUUCUGCCGGUCCACUCGGCGCCUUUCUUGCCUAUUCCAUCAUUGGCGCCACGGUGUCAAGCGUGGUAUUCGGCGUCGGCGAGAUGGGAUCCUUAGCUCCCCUCAACGGUGGUGUCAUUCGUUACGCUGCAGUCUUUGUGGACGAGUCUCUAGCAUUCGCCAAUGGCUGGAAUCAGGUCUAUUCAUACGCAACCUCAAUCCCGUCAGAACUGGUCGCAUGCGCUGUGAUUGUUGAAUUCUGGAUCACUGUCAGUAGCGCCAUCUGGGUCGUUGUCUUCGGUCUCGUCAUGGUCCUCACGGCAUUGGUAUUUGUUCGAGUCUAUGGGGAGCUCGAAUUCGGGUUCUCCAUUCUCAAGAUCAUGUUGGUCAUUGGCAUCAAUAUCAUGGCCUUGGUCAUCACCUGCGGUGGCGGCCCCGACCACAAGGCCAUUGGAUUUGAAUACUGGAAAGCUCCAUAUGGGCCUUUUGUCCAGUAUCUCGAUAUUCCCGGCUCACUUGGGCGCUUCCUGGGCUUCUGGACCACUUUCAGCAAUGCUCUCUACGCAUACUCCGGCAUUGAAAACAUCACCGUUGCCGCAGCGGAAACCAGAUAUCCCCGACAAUCAAUUCCCAUGGCCGCAAGGCGCAUCUUUGUUCGAAUUCUUUUGUUCUACGUCAUCACAAUUUUUAUGGUUGGGUUGAUUGUGUGCUCAGCCAACUCUGAGCUUCUCAGAUCCACCGGUACCGCGGCUCAGUCUCCAUUUGUCAUUGCUGCACAGACUGCCGGUAUCAAGGUUGUCCCUUCAAUCAUCAAUGCAGUGAUCCUGACUUCUGCAUGGUCGUCGGGCAACUCCAACAUGCUUGGUGGCUCACGGAUCUUGUAUGGUAUGGCCGUUCAAGGCCACGCGCCCGCAGUCUUCAAGCGACUCAAUCGCUUCUCGAUUCCAUACGUCGCAGUCGCCUUCUACGGAGUCUUCAUGGCUCUGGGCUUCAUGAGUCUGUCCGGUGGUGCUGCUUUAGCCUUCCAGUGGCUUCAGGACCUCGUUUCCAUAAGCACGAUUGUCAACUGGAUCGUCAUUCUAAUCGUUUACCUGCGUUUUCUGUACGGAUGCAAGAAGCAGGGAAUCGACCGACACAAGGAACUGCCGUGGGCAGCCCCAUUCCAGCCCUACGGCAGCUGGAUCUCCCUGGUGGUGUUCGUUCUUCUCUUCCUUACCGGGGGGUAUUCCACCUUCAUGAAAGGCCACUGGAGUUCAGAAACAUUCAUCUCUUCAUAUUUCAAUUUGCCCUUCAUCAUCAUUGUUUACUUUGGCUAUAAGUUCUGGAAAAAGACCAAGAUCAUUCCUUUGAAUGAAAUUCCCAUCCGGCCUUUCAUUGAGCAUUAUCGCCACAAUCCUGAACCCGAACCGAAGCCUAAGCGUGGACUUCGGCGGCUGAACAUUCUCUGGUCAUGA